AUGAAAAAGUACGUCGCGGUAUGGGGUGGAAUGUUUUUUAUCGUGGCCAGCGUGUCUCUGUAUCUAAUGAUGGAAGCUGUAUCCACAAAUACUAGUUCAAGGUCGCCUGAUAUGUUACAAUCUCAUGAAGUUGACACCAAAAUACAGAGAAUUAAGGCGCAGAUUCAACGUAACCAAGAUACAAUCAAAGAUAUCAAGAAUCUAGUAGGACAACUGUCUAAAGAUGGUGACAAAGAAACGCUACAAAAACUACAGAAAGUUCUGUCUGAGGUUGAUACGGACGUGAAGGCAGUGAAUUUACCAAAAACAAAAGAGGCAGCUAAGGGUUGGCUACAAGGUUUGAUUGGUGGUGGUUCUGAAAAAGAGCCUGUUUAUCAGAAACCACGAGGGGAGGUUACUGUGUCAGGAGAAGUGUGUAAACUGGCAGAGGCACCAAAUGUUGACUCUGAUGUAAAGACACUACGACUGAUGGACAUGUUGUCUUUUGAUAAUCCUGAUGGAGGUGUUUGGAAACAGGGCUGGCCCAUCACCUACCCACCAAAUAAGUGGGGUGGAGAAAAGAAGCUUUUUGUGUUUGUGGUGCCUCACUCUCACAACGAUCCUGGCUGGGUGAAGACGUUUGAUGAUUACUACCAGGGCCAGGUGAGACAACUCCUUGACAACAUGGUCAACAAACUGGAAGAGGAUCCAAGAAGAAAGUUCAUCGAGACCGAAAUGUCUUUCUUUUCUACCUGGUGGCAUGACAUCACACAGGAUAAACGUAAACGGGUGAAAAGACUGGUAGACAAUGGACAGUUAGAGAUAACAACAGGAGGCUGGGUCAUGUCUGACGAGGCCAAUGCGCAUUAUGCAGCUAUUGUGGAUCAGCUGAUCGAAGGCAACCAAUGGGCACACAAUAUUCUAGGUGUAGAACCAAAGUCUGGUUGGGCCAUUGACCCGUUUGGCCACUCUCCAACCAUGGCUUACCUAUUGAAGAGAGCAGGACUCCAUAACAUGUUAAUCCAACGGGUCCAUUAUGCCGUCAAGAAAAAACUCGCCAAAGACAAGCAGCUGGAGUUUAUGUGGAGGCAACAUUGGGACCGAGAGGGUACCACAGACAUGAUGUGUCACAUGAUGCCAUUUUACUCAUAUGAUGUGCCCCAUACGUGUGGUCCUGACCCGAAGAUCUGCUGUCAAUUUGACUUUGCUAGGAUGUCACCAAGUCGAUACAAUUGUCCAUGGAAAGUGGCUCCAACAGCAAUCACCAGCCACAAUGUAGCGGAGAGAGCCAAAACAUUGUUAGACCAGUACCGUAAAAAGUCGGAGCUGUACCGUACAGAUGUUUUGUUGAUCCCACUUGGGGAUGAUUUCCGGUAUGACAAGGAGGAUGAGUGUGAACGACAAUUCAGCAACUAUCAAAAACUGUUUGAUUACAUGAAUUCUUCACCUGAGUUGGGAGUACAGUGUCAGUUUGGUACUUUGUCUGAUUAUUUCAACAAAGUUUAUGAGCUGUCUGAGGUGGAACAGGGUACACGUCCCGAGGACUUCCCUGUGCUGGCUGGAGACUUCUUCACCUACUCUGACCGUGAUGACCACUACUGGAGCGGUUACUACACGUCUCGUCCAUUUUACAAAAGCCUUGACAGACUUAUGGAAUAUCAUGUUAGAGCUGCUGAAGUUAUCUUCACAUUGGCCCUUAGUUACAGUCGCCAAGCAAGUGUAACAAACUUCCCUCAGGAAAAGUUAAUGGAGAAACUGGUGGGAGCCCGUCGUAAUCUUGGCCUGUACCAACAUCACGAUGGUAUAACUGGCACUGCUAAAGAUUUUGUUGUGGUGGACUAUGGGGAGAGGAUGUUGAAGGGUGUGAUGGAUUGUAAGUCUAUCAUUGUGGAGGCAGCCAGUUUCCUGAUGUUGGAGAAUAAAAAUGACUACAAGUAUCCGAAGGAGCCUCUGUUUAAUAUGGAUGAAGACAGGAAAUAUCAUGACUCAUUACCUGAGAGGACGGUAUUGGAUGUUACUGAGGUUUCCAGUUCGGUUCUUUUCUACAACCCUCUGGGACAUGAGAGAGAGCAAAUGGUUGUUGUCUAUGUUACCUCCCCUUUCAUCGAGGUCCAGUCAGCAGAUGGCACCACCGUACAGGCACAGGUAGAUCCUGUUUGGGAGUCACCAACUGUCAUGGUUCCAAAGAAGUUCAAGAUCUGGUUUGUGGUGCGGGUGCCUGCGCUGGGGAUUGCCCGGUACACACUGAGGAAAAUCCAGCCUGAGGCAUUGAAAUCCAUAUCGUUUGCCUCCAUUGUUGUCAUGAAUGUUGUCAUCACAGAGCACACCGAGACGUACCCUUUCAUAAUGAAGAUGGAAAAACCAGAAGACUUUGUGUUGGAAAAUUCAAAUUUGAAGGCUCAUAUCAGAGGAAAAACAGGGUUUCUACAGAGUGUGACUACAAAACAUGACAAUAAAAAACAUGAAGCUGAAGUGACUUUCCUCAAGUAUGGUACCCGUGGAUCAAAAGAGAAAAGUGGGGCUUACCUGUUUAUGCCGGACGGCCACGGGAAGCCAUUAGAUGGGGUUAUCCCUGUUAUAAGAAUAAUGCGUGGACCUGCUGUGUCUGAGGUUACAGUCUACACACGAAAUGUACAACAUACGCUACGAUUAUACAACUCACCAGGUACUGAUGGAAUGGUGGUUGACAUGUCUAACCUGGUUGAUGUCAGAAAGGAAAUGAAUUUUGAAUUGGCGAUGUCUAUAGCGACAGAUGUAGAAAACACUGACCGCGAGUUUUAUACUGAUCUUAAUGGUUUCCAGAUGUUAAAACACAAGACUUUUGACAAGUUACCGCUCCAAGCGAAUGUAUAUCCUAUGCCAGCCAUGGCUUAUAUAGAGGAUGAAACCACUCGCUUUAGUGUCCUCUCGGCCCAGAGUCUGGGAGUGGCUUGCCAUUUCAAAGGUGAUAUUGUUGUGAUGUUGGAUCGGCGCCUCAAUCAAGAUGACAACCGAGGCCUUGGACAGGGAGUGAGAGACAACAAAGUCACACCAAACAGAUUCCAUCUGUUGUUUGAGAGUCGAAAGUCUCCGAAGCCAAAGGAUAAGAUGAUAGGGUACCCAUCUCUACAGGCACAUGUGUCUUACCUCCAUCUCACCCACCCACUUUUUACCGCUCCGGAAAACAUGGAUGCACUGACUCAUCGUUACUUGCCGACCUUCAGUCCCGUGGAUGAGCCACUGCCUUGUGAAGUCCACCUUCUUAACUUGCGUACUCUACAGAACAGGGAUGAUGAUCUAACGAUGAGGUAUAAACCUCGCAAGGAAGCUGGACUGCUACUACAUAGUCUGGGACAUGACUGUAACUUUGCCAACAAAGGACUGCUAUGUCACUCAAAUGGAGGAAAGGUGGUACUGGGAAAGCUGUUCCAGCAAGUGACAUUGGACAAGGUCACAGAAACAACCUUGACCUUGAUAAAGGAAAAAGAGGAAAUAGACAAAGCUGCAUCAAUAGAAUUGAAACCUAUGGAAAUUUAUACAUACAAGUUGUCCAUACAAUGA